AGCCAUAAUCGCUAGCUCACUGAUCCGAGGUUUCCUCACCUCAAGGACCUCGCCGGUCGGUCGUCGACAUCGUCUAUGUCCAGACUGAUGGCCGCCAUGCUGCUCGGGGGCGCGCACGUCGCCGGCGCCACCGCCGUUAAGCAGGCUCUUCCCAGGCCGUCCUACUUCCUUCAUCCACGACCGCAGCCGGCCAGCUGGAGCCGCCUUUGCUUGCAAACUGCGCCAAGAUCGUCUCAGGCGUACAGCAACGUGCCGGACGACCGGAGGGACAUCAGGGGCAAGUACGAGGACGCGACGGAGCAGGCGAAGGAUGCCACCGGCGACGCCAAGGAGCACGUGAAGGGGAUGGCCGGGGAGGCGAGGGACAGGGCGCAGGAGAAGGGCGGCCGCAUGAUGGACCAGGCGUCGGACAUGGCGGAGAGGGCCAAUGACGAGACCAAGGGCAUGGCGGAGGACGCGUCCGAGAAGGCGUCCCGGAUGACGGACAAGGCGAAGCAUGAGACGAGUGACGCGGCGCGCCAGGCCGCGGACAAGGCGGCGCACGUGAAGGAACGGGCCAAGGAGAUGGGGCACGAGGCCGCGGACAGGGCGCAGGAGACGGCGAAGGCGGCCAAGGACAGGACGGGCGAGGCGGCGGAGCGGGCCAUGGACAGGGCGGGCGAGGCCAAGGACAGGGCCGUGGAGGGGACCAUGUCCGCCGGUGAGAAGGUGGUGGAGAUGAGCAAGGAGGGCGCGAGCAAGGUGGCCGAGACGGCGAAGGCGAUCGGCGAGAAGGCGAACCAGGCGGCGCGGGGCACCCGGGACGCCGCCAAGGAAACCGCGCAGAGCGUCAAGGACACCGUCAUCCCCGACGCGGACGACGUGGACGCCGCCAUGAAGGAGAGGGACAGGAUCGCGCGGGAGAUGGACAGGGUAUCGCAGGAGGACGACAAAAGGCAGGCCAGGGAGAAGGGUGCAGGCUUGCCUUAG